AGGAAGCAGUUUUUAUAUAUGUUUAUAUGAAAACUUGACAUGACGAACGGUGAAUGAUACUGUCACAAGCCCGCGCAAGAUGCCAGCUUAUCCUGAGAAGAAGAUGUCGGUAUUUUAGAUAUUUCUCGACUGAAGCCAGUAAAAUACGGAAUAUCGGAAUUGUAGCUCAUAUUGAUGCAGGUAAAACUACAGUGACUGAGCGUAUUUUAUACGAAACUGGGGCCAUACGAGCAGCGGGGACCAUCAAACACGGCAACACCACCACAGACUUCCUCCCAUGUGAACAGAACAGAGGUAUCACCGUGAACUCUGCCUUCGUCCAGACACACUGGUCCGGUCACCUCUUUAACAUCAUAGACACGCCCGGGCAUGUUGACUUUAGUUUUGAGGUGGAGAGGUCCCUGAGGGUACUGGAUGGGGCCUUGGUGGUGAUAGAUGGAACUCGGGGGGUCGAGGCUCAAACUGUUACUGUUUGGAAGCAGCUGGAGAAGUUUUGUGUGCCUAGACUCGUGUUUUUGAAUAAAUUAGACAGAGGAAAAAGGGACAUUGAUCUUUGCAUGUCCUCAAUAAGGAACACAUUAAGAACGGUACCUGUGUUAGUUAAUCACCCUGUUUAUGAUGAGGAUAAUCAGCUAGUUGGGGUCUCUAAUACACCCUCCUCUGAUGUGUUGACGGACACAGUUGAGUCUCUCGCAGAGGUAGAUGAGGUUAUGGAGGAUCUGUACUUCACACACGACUGUGAUCCUUCCAAGAUACCUCCCUUGGAGAUCUCAGAAAGCGUCAAAAGGCAGCUCCAUUUAGGUAAAGUAACGCCUGUAUGUGUGGGGUCAGGCUUAGCAGGAGUUGGGAUAGGAUCAUGUCUAGAUUUUAUUAUUCAGUACUUGCCGUCACCAUUGCAUACCGUCUCAAAGCUUCCUGCAGGUUUAAGAGAUCAGAUAUGUGGCGUGGUUUUCAAAAGUUCUCUUGAUCCAAACAGAGGGGUUUUAUGCCAGACUCGGCUCUAUUCUGGGACUUUACAGCCUCGGAGUAAAGUUCUUAAUGUCAGAACUAAACGGUCUUAUCAAGUGUCUAAUCUUUUUCAAAUAGAUGCUGAUAAAGUGAAAUUGCAAAGUUCGUGUGAAGCAGGGGGUAUUACAAUGAUUGCUGGUUGCAAGGACUUCAGGACUGGUGAUGUUUUCGUAGCAGAAUCAUUCGCAUCAAAAGGUGGCAAUCUUGAUGAAUUGGUCGAAUCUAACACAACAUUGAAAUCAACUAUGACCUAUGGAAAGCCUCUUUUCUUCUGUACCAUCGAGGCAACAGACUCUAUAUCAAAUGAUAGAUUAGAAAAAGUUUUAACUGCCAUGACGUUUGAGGACCCCACUUUGACACUAAAGAAGAGCCAAAACGGAGAGUUGGUUCUGGGGGGAACGGGUCAGCUCCAUCUCAGUGUGGUCAGAGAGAGAAUAAAGGACGAGCAUGGUCUGGAGUGCAAAGCUUACAAGUUCAGGGUUAACUACAUGGAAACUGUGUCUCAACCAAUAGAGCAUUUCCACUCGGGCCCUCUCGGAGAACUUCAUCUGACAAUAUCUCCAGCUGAAUCUGGGAAAGUUGUUGCUGUUGAGAAUGUUUGCCCAAUAACCCGUGAAGUAGUGGAGCCUGCUAUUGCUAGUUCUCUUACUAUUGGUCCUCUGGUCGGUCUGCAAUUAUCAAACUGUCACAUCACUGCCUCUUUUAACCUUAACCCACCCGACCACAACAAAUUUCCCUCCAAAGAAGAGAAGAGAGUCCUUAAUCUCAUGGUGAAAACUGCAAUCAAACAAAUUUUCAAAGAUAACCAGUCCUUGAUGACACUUUGCGAACCAUUUGCAGAGAUAGAAGUAGAAGGUCCUCAAGAAUACUCCUCAGCUAUCAUGGCGGACUUCUCCUUGAGAGCAGGAUCCCUAGAAUACCAGAUGUCCUUCUCAAAGGGGGGAGACUGGUUCAGUCUGGUGGGUAAUGCCCCACUUUCCAAACUUACUGACUUCAGCAGCCGGAUGAGACACAUUUCUAGAGGUAGUGCCUCCGUUUUGAGGAUUGAGACGGUUAGGUACGGGCCCAUGGAGCUUGAGGAUUGCAGGACCAUUGUGAAGAUGUUUAAGGAUGGUGUGUUGUGAAGUGUUGACUAUGUUUUGAUUUUUAGAAAGUGAUAUUAUUUGUUCAUUUGGGGAUUUAGUUUGAUGUAAUAUAAUGAUAACCGUUGUUUUGUCUAGUUGAACUUAUAAUGUAUUCAGUCUUUUCUUCUAUUUAUUUGA